CCGCCCAUUCUGCUGGCGGUGUAGGAUUGAUCUUGCUACCCAGGCGGCUCGCGGGGAUGGCGGCCGCAGUGGCGAGUGCGGGCCGGCUGCUGAGGCUCCGUGCGGCCCAAGCAGAGAGGCACUGGCGUCGGCUACGCGGUGCGGGUCUGGCUCAGGGCUUUCUGCAGCCUGCCUCCGCUGGCAAGGAUGCGGUUCAGACGCGGCACGUGGCUCACUUCACUUUCCAGCCGGACCCGGAGUCCCAGGAUCACGGGCAAACUCAGAAAAUGAAUCUUUUUCAGGCAAUAACAAGUGCCUUGGACAACUCAUUAGCCAGAGAUCCUACUGCAGUAAUAUUUGGUGAAGAUGUUGCCUUUGGUGGAGUCUUCAGAUGCACUGUAGGCUUGCGAGACAAAUACGGAAAAGACAGAGUUUUUAAUACCCCGUUGUGUGAACAAGGAAUCGUUGGAUUUGGAAUUGGAAUUGCAGUCACUGGUGCUACUGCCAUUGCCGAAAUUCAGUUUGCAGAUUAUAUUUUCCCUGCUUUUGAUCAAAUUGUUAAUGAAGCUGCCAAGUAUCGUUACCGCUCUGGGGAUCUUUUUAACUGCGGAAGCCUCACGAUCAGAGCUCCUUGGGGCUGUGUUGGUCAUGGGGCUCUCUAUCAUUCUCAGUGUCCUGAAGCUUUUUUUGCCCAUUGCCCUGGAAUCAAGGUGGUUAUACCCAGAAGCCCUUUUCAGGCUAAGGGACUUCUUCUGUCAUGCAUAGAGGAUAAAAAUCCUUGUAUAUUUUUUGAACCUAAAAUACUCUACAGGGCAGCAGUGGAACAGGUUCCUGUAGAACCCUACAGUAUUCCACUGUCACAAGCUGAAGUCCUACAGGAAGGAAGUGAUAUUACUCUAGUUGCCUGGGGCACUCAGGUUCAUGUGAUCAGGGAAGUAGCUUCUAUGGCAAGAGAAAAGCUUGGAGUGUCUUGUGAAAUAAUUGAUCUAAGGACUAUUAUACCUUGGGAUGUGGAUACAGUUUGCAAGUCUGUGAUCAAAACGGGUCGACUUUUAAUCAGUCACGAGGCUCCCUUGACAGGUGGUUUUGCAUCCGAGAUCAGCUCCACAGUUCAGGGAUCGAACUCACGACCAAGUGCCUGCAAGGCAAGCACUUAUGCCGCUGAGCUAAAUCCCCAGCCCCAAGACCAGAGAUUCUUAAGCACUUGUGAUUCCCCCAGCCUGAGAGCUGUGACGGUAUGAGAAAGCUGGACUUUUUCAGGAAGAAUGUUUCUUGAACCUAGAAGCUCCUAUAUCCAGAGUAUGUGGCUAUGACACACCAUUUCCUCACAUUUUUGAACCCUUUUAUAUCCCAGAUAAAUGGAAAUGCUAUGAUGCCCUUCGAAAAAUGAUCAACUAUUGACUGAGUAGGUAGGUGUGCCCUACAUUUCAAGAAAUCUAACAUGUACCCCUGAUGUCAUGUGCUAUUACCCAAGGAUCAGUAGUUUUCAGUGUGUUUUAUUUGGUAAACAACAGGUUUCAGAAUAAAAUAUGUACUUAAGAAAAAACUUCAAAUCAUUACUAGUAUAGUUGCCAUUAGUCAAAUGUGUUGAGCAUUUGUAUUACAUGAUUUAUAGAAAAUAUCAUUCAAUGCAUUAACAUUGAAUGUGCAAAUAUAUCUUACACUUGAUUGUUCCACAUUUUAUCUUCAUUUUUGCAUCUUCUUUGAACUAUUUACUUUUCAUGAAGAGGUAAUUUCUGUACUUGAAAAUUAUCCCUCAAGCGCCAUUAACUUAAACUAUAGUUAUUUCUGUGAUGAUUCUUCAUAUUCACAAACUUACCUUUCCAUUAUCUGAAAAGCAGAUAUUUGUUGAAUAAAAAACCCUCUUUAUUAUGUGAAAGGAAAAUUUUAACUGACAAUCAAAUACUAAAACAAAAACCCAAGCACUAUUACCUUUUCUGGUUGGCUAAGUGAGUGUUUCUAAAAUAUCAUGAAAUAAAUGGCAUUUUUUAUAGUGAUUUUGUAACUCAUUUUUAUGGACUCUUCAACAAUGUUAUUCUCACCAAACUAAAUACCCUUAUGGGCUAUUAAGUUAGUUUUUGAGAGUUUCAAUGUAGAACUUGCUCUCACUGACAACGUGAUUUUGAAAUAUUUUAAAAUGAGUAGAUAGGGUUAAGAUGCUUCAUAUUUCAAUAUCUAAAUUGUCCAAAAAUAAUAAUGCAGUUUGAAAAAAACAUGAUUUUUAAGAGAAAAGGGAAAGUGCACUUUGCAUAAUAACACACUGUAUACUUUUUAAAGAUAAAAAUAUGCUAUACUACUUGUAUUCUGAAUAUGGGCUACAAAGUUAGCUCACCCAAAAUCAGACAGAGAUGCAUUUAUAUUUGUACAGAUAAAAAACAAUACACACACCCAUCCGCCACUUUCCAUAAUCGUUUCAUUUUCUGUAUUUAUAUUUGAGAACGUUGCUGCGGGUAUAAGUUACCAUCAACCACAUGCACCUAGUAUUGUUUUAGACACAUAGGAACGGGAGCUUAAUUUUAGUGUCUACUUAAUGCCUGUGGAAGCAACUGUUUUCUACAAUAAGUUAUACUUAAGACGGGUUAGACAGCUUCCUCUAUUUGCUGUCCAUGAUGCUGCCUUAAUGUGCCACACUCUGGAAAGUCUAAGUCACAGUGGUGGCCACGACUUAUUAUUAAAGUAGUAUUUAGAUGCUGGCUUUAAAUUUGGAUCAUGCAUUUGUUUUUAAAUGUAAGAAAAGUAUUUAAAUCUGUCCUGAAAAUUAUAGAACAAUGUUUCUGUCCUAAAAUUAAAUACAUUAAAGAAAGUAGACCUGCAUGCAACUGAGAAUGUUUCUAAUUUUUAUUGAUUUCUCUUACAGAAAAAUAGGAAGAUUAUGAAUAGAUAUGCGAAUAUUUUUUUUCUGAAUUUUUUAUAUUUUCUCAGACUUAGUUCUUCUCAAGAAAUAGAAUUUUUAUGAAAUGGACUAUCAUGGAUAUUGGCUGAAAAGUUAUAAAUUAAUUGUCAUAUUAAGAGAAAUGAGUUAAUUCUCAUUAAGAGUGUUUCAGAUUACUGUUUAAAAAUAUUCUACAUGGUAAUCCUAUAAAUUCUGUUUAAUCAUGUCUGUUAAUAUUGAUUGUGUGUUUUAUAUUCAAUAAAGCAAAGUCCGAUUGUCUUCA